AUGGACUAUAUUCUCUGCGCUAGACCAGCUGUUGAUCCGUUGCUUGUAAGAGAGCAAGUGAACUUAGCAGAGUGGGCUGUUGAGUGGCAAAAGAAGGGAAUGCUAGAUCAAAUCGUUGAUCCGAAUAUCGCUGAUCAGAUCAAACCGUGCUCGUUGAAGAAGUUUGCGGAAACUGCGGAGAAGUGCUGUGCGGAUUACGGUGUGGAUAGACCAACGAUAGGUGAUGUUCUGUGGAACUUCGAACAUGUGCUCCAGCUUCAAGAAUCUGGACUAAUGGACAACACUGAAGAAGCUUGUGGAGAUGUUAAUGGCUCGGAGACGGCAAGGCAGGGUCCGUCUAGUGGCUCGAACACAGAGAGGUACAGUGGAGAUGGGACUUUAGGUAUAAUCGAUAGUAGCCAAGUGUUUAUUUAA